AUGGUGUCUUAUAGAAAAUUCCCAACCAUUAUUUUUUCAAAUAUAUCUCCUGCCUAUUCUUGCUUCUCCUUCUGUGACUCCAAUUGUUGCCAGUUGUAUGUUGUGUGUGUGAGAGUGGCUCGGUUGUGUCCAACCCUUUGCGACCCCAUGGACUGUAGCUCGCGAGGCUCCUCUGUCCAUGGAAUUCUCCAGGCAAGAAUACUGGAGUGGCUUGCCAUGUUAGGCCAUUUGAAAUCAUUGCAGGCUUUUGUUUGCUCUGUUCUGUUGGGGGUGGGGCCCGUCUUUCCUCUCUGUUUAGUCUGGGUUAUCUCCAUGGUCUUAUCUCAAAGUUCACAGUUCUUCCCCUUGUCUGUACUGAGUCUCCUCGUGAAACUGUUGAAGAUCCUUCAUCCCUAUCCCCUGUUUUUAUUUCCGUGGGCCCCUUCUGUCUCCAUCUCUGCGCUCAAAGUCUACACUCUUUUCUUUGUCAUCUUUUCCUCUAGAGCCUUCAUAUCAAUCCGGUCUGACAACCCCAGCAUUUGA